AUGGAAAGGGCAGCCCAGAGCUCGGGGCGCCUUUUGCUGGCCCCCUCCGUGCUGCUGGCCCGGGCGCUGCAGCGAGCAGCUGCAGCAACAGCAGCAGCAACAGCAGCAGCAGCAGCAGCAAGCUCGCCUUGUUUGCAUUCCUUCGCACGCGAGUCCACGCAAGCAAACGUGCGCUAUCGCUUGCCCGAGCCGUCUCGGGGGGGCCCCCUGGGGCCCCCGGGGGCCCCCCAGAGCCUGCCUGCAGGCAGAGGGGCCCUGUGGCGAGGAAGAGGGGGGCCCCCCGGGGGGCCCCCCUUUGAGGGGCACCGGCUUUUUUCGAGGGCUGCUGCAGCCAAGAUCGCAGGCGAGGGGCCCCCCGAAGGCAGUGGGGGCCCCCCAGCAGGUUCGGGGGCCCCCUCAGCGAAGUUCCAAACUUUGAGUGAUUUGCUGCAGCAGGAAAACAGUCUCAGCGGCCUCUUCGAAAGCUACAACAACGAGCGUUCGCUGGGUUCGCUGCUGACGCUGCAGCAGCUGCAGCAGCAAAUGGAGCGGGUGGGCCGUUUGGAAAGAGAAGCUGUGCUGCGGCGGGGCCUUUCGCAGCAAAUGGCGCGGCAAGUGUCUGUGCAGGGUUUGCGGCCUUCGUUGGGAAACAGAAUUCCCUUCAACGACUUCGUGUCUGCUGCUGCUGCUGCUGCUUGGGCGGAAGCAGCAGCAGCAAGGGCCAGCAGCGCAGCAGCAGCGCGCCUGCUGCGCCGCCUGCCCCUCAGCCAAGCGGCAAAGGCUCUUGUGAGUAGCUCGACGACUCUUUACUUCAACAUUAAUGAAUUCUGCGAGGCCCUGCAGCCGCUGCUGCUGCAGCAGGGGGCCCCCCAGCAGCAAACGGGGGGCCCCCCUGCUGCUGCAGAUGCUCCGGAGCUGAGAGAUCCGCAGCUUGUAAGGGCCGCCCUUGAAGAGGCCUUUGAGGCCGUGCAGGGCAGCCGCAGCGGGAUCGCCGACGCGCUGGAGUUGCUUUCGGGACUUUGUCGGUUUUGCAAAGCUGACGAGGACGAGAGAGUCAAGGCGAGCUUUGUGCUCCUUGACAAAGAAGGCCGCGGCCUUUUGGACUUCUUCGUCGUCGCUGCUGUCUUUCACCAUUUGCACCGCAUGCUGCUUACGCCCUCUAUCGUGGACAAGCUCCGGCGGGCUCGCGUGUCGUUUAAAAGUGUAGAUGAUUUGGCGCUGGCGAGUGCUGUAGAAUUAUUUAAAGACAAGUACCCGUUUGUGACAAUGGCCCUUGAGGGCUGCUGCGGCCUGCAGGGUCGAGCUGCAGCAGAAGCAGCAGCAGCAGCGCCAGCUGCAGCGUCAGCAGCAGCAACACAGGCAGCAGCAGCAGCAACAGAGUGCGCUCGCAAGCAGCUCUAUGUUGACCCUACUGAAGAACCCUGGAAAACUCUCUCUCGGCAUGCCGGCCUCACCCUCACUUUUGACGAGUUUGAGCGCGAAUGUAAAGACACCCCGAAUGAGGCAACCCUUAGCGCAACGUCCUUGUUGAGACUUCCGCUAAUAGUUGUCCUUCGCGACUUGUUUUGA